AUGCCUGAACAGCCCUCCGGAUGGCGAAAGCUCCGCAGCAUCGUGCAGUGGACCCCGUUCUUCCAGACCUACAAGAACAAGCAGGGGAAGCACCCGUGGGUGCAGCUCGCCGGCCACCAGGGCAACUUCAAGGCGGGCCCCGAGCAGGGCACCAUCCUGAAGAAGCUGUGCCCCAAGGAGGAGCUGUGCUUCCAGGUGCUCAUGGAGGACAAGCUGCGGCCCUUCGUGCCCGAGUACAAAGGGCAGGUGGCGUGCGAGAGCGGUGAUCGUGAUUUUGUGCAGCCCUGUGUCAUGGACUGCAAGAUAGGCGUGCGAACCUAUUUGGAGGAAGAACUUGCCAAGGCAAAAGAGAAGCCAAAGCUUAGGAAGGAUAUGUAUGAUAAAAUGAUUCAAAUAGAUAAAGAUGCUCCAACAGAAGAGGAACACAGACUCAAAGGAGUCACAAAGCCCAGAUAUAUGGUUUGGAGGGAGACCAUUUCUUCAACAGCCACACUAGGAUUCCGCAUUGAAGGAAUUCGGAAAUCUGAUGGGAAGUCUAGUAAAGACUUCAAAACAACCAAGUCAAGAUCACAAGUCAUGACAGCAUUUCAAGAUUUCACAGAAGGAUUUCCACAUGCUGUGCCCAAGUAUAUUCAGAGGUUGAAAGACAUACGUGCGACAUUAGAGCAGUCAGAAUUCUUUUCAUCACAUGAGGUCAUUGGAAGCUCUCUGUUGUUUGUUCAUGAUCGCCACAAUGCAUCUGUAUGGCUGAUUGACUUUGCUAAGACUCUGGUGUUGCCAUCUGGGAUAAAGAUAGAUCACUCAUCCCAUUGGGUGGUUGGCAACCAUGAAGAUGGAUACCUCAUUGGUAUCAACAACAUCAUUGAGAUCUUCAUGGAACUGAAAGAUGUAGCUGAUGCGAGGCGAGCACAGCAAGCCCUGUUGCUUCCAACGACUGUAGUCACAGGACCAAGUGAUGCUUCGGAAGAUGACACAGCCUGAAGCGUUGACAUUUAGUUAUUUAAUGCAGUAAUUCUUUAUGAUAGUGGUCAUUGAUGAUAGGAAGUUGGAACAUUGAAGAGAGUGAGAUGAAUUUUGUACUUCAUGUGUGGUCUUUAAGGAUGAAGAUUGUUUUCAAAAACUGUGUUAUGAACAUGUUAAUUAUGUUUACAUAAUUUCUGAAAAAGAAAAGGAAGAAGAAAUUGUGUCAGUCAAGUUGUACUGAAGGAUACUUCAGUUUUUCUUUGUUUAGUGACAUUUUCUCUUCAAGAUAAGAUCUUGACAGAAAUGUAUUGUUUGUUGAAUGACGUACAAGAAGACAUAAUAGUUUAUGCUUGUGAUGGUGAUACGAACAUAAAAUGAGGAAUACUGAAAAUUCUUCAUGCACAAAACAUUUUUGUAUGUGAAUGUUGCUGAAUCUCUCUUCAGUUUUCCAGAAAGGGUGAAGAUUGCAUUUGCAUUAAAAAUAAUAGACACCAGUGUCAUAAGUGGGUGUUAUUUGGAUGUGAACUAUGUUGAAUGUUGAGUUCCUUGUAUCAUGCUGGCAAAAGCAAAAGUUGUUUUGUAAAAUAAGAUUCAAAAUUGAGUAUAAUUAUAACUGCUUUGCACUUUUGACAUUUUGUUUUAUGAUUUUUCAUUGAUAUUUAAGAAAUUCUAAAAUUUCAGUCAUUUUUCAUCUUGUUCUGUGUAUUGUUUGCAUACUGUAACUUUCAACAUAUUAUAAAGUGUUGAAAAUUUGAGAGAUAAAACCAAAAUGAAUCUGUUUUCUACGCAUACCUGAAGAAAGAAAUUAUGAAAAUUAUGGGAUUUAAGAACUGUGUUAAUUCACAAAUUAAUACGAUGGAAUGCAAGUGUUCUUCUUAAAAUCAUUAAGUCAGCUGUGAGUGUCGAGUGUGUGUGUUAGUGACUUUCAAUUGGAAGGAAGACCUGCCAUCUAGUCUGUUUUCCACUGGCCACCCACUUGUCAUAUUGCUUACCUUCAUUUGUUAAAGGAAUCAAAGACUUCCAUAUUAGCCCAAUGUGAAAUACUUCUACAAUGUGACUUGUGUAGCGAAGUGGCAGAAAGUAUUUUAUAGAAUCUGUGAUUAAUACCAUUUGAAAGUUAUACCCAAUCUCUUUAAGAAAGUUUCAAGGUGAAUUAUUAUGAAGUUGUGAAAAUGUAGUGUGUGUCAUGAGACAAUGCACAAGUGAAAUUAAUAUUGCACAAAGAAAAGGAGAUUUUCUCAGUACAAACAAGUGCACCGUAAUAAAAAAAGUUUAAUAAACUGGAGUAACCAGAACUAAAAGCAGGCCAGUGUUUUUAUAGGCAAAGGAAGUUUAUAGGGACCAAAACAAACAUUGUGUGCAGCUCUGUUAAGAUGAACAAUUACUGGAAUCUUGUAGCUCUCAAUCAGCAUUUUUUAUGUGAAAACGAUUUGAGUGAUGGUUUCUGUACAGCAUUGAACAUAUGCUGAUUUCUUCCAGCACAAAUAAAUUGUUAUUUAUUCCCAUAAUUUUUAAUUGAAGCAGAACAAUGACUGUUCCUAUUUUAUACAGCA